AUGUGGUUAUUGAAAAGUGUAAAACACUCAAACUGUACAACUCAACUUGUAGGUAUGAGAAAUGUACAUACCAUCAAGAACAACAAAUGUGUACACAAAUUAUCAUUCACAUUUAUAACAAUCAAUAAAAUUUCUAUUAAACAUAUUUUAAUAAAUAUCUCCACUCUCUCGGCAAUGUCAAACGAUCAUCAUUCCGAACUUUCUUCUUGUCCGAUUACCUUUAGUUUUUCUGGUGAAAAAUCAAAACUAGAUGGAAACAAUAAUAAAGAAAAUUAUAAUAGAAAAAGAAAGAUUAUUAGAAUAAAGAAUUGUCAAUCCAAAGUUGUAUCAUGUCCAUAUAAUUAA